AUGGUGGAAAAUACACUUAAGGAACAUAGCAAUAUUGAUGAAGAUGCACCUGGUAAUAUUAUUAAAGUAAAUGCAGAGGAAUUAUUUUAUGAGAUAGAUAGUAAUACGACUAUUAAAUUCAAUCUUCCUAAAAAUAUAAAGGAAUACCUCCAAGAUCUACUUAGUGGUAAUAUCAAAAAUGCAUUGUUCAAGAUAGAAAAACCACUCAGUGAUACAAGUCAAUUGUUAUCAUGGAUUAGAGAAGUUUUUCUUGGUGAUUCAACUUCAAUAAAUAAUUCUUUAAACAUUAAUAAUGCUAUACCAGAAUUUUCUUUUGACACUCAAACCAUUUAUCAUAUACUUGAUUUGUUUUCAGUUUUUUUUGGGAAAACAAUAUCUGGUAUUGCAUUUGGUGAGAUUAUGAAUGAAGCACAUAAUGAUAGAGCAUAUAAUAUAAAUCAUACUCAAAAACCAUCAAAUUCUGGAUGUGUAAGUAAAAAUGAUGCCAUCUUAUAUCAAGAUGAAAUUCCUGCUGUUUUGUAUGAACAAUCAUUUGAGCCCACAGAAUUCAUGCUAAAACACCAACUAGAGGAUUUUGCCAAGCUGCAAAAAAAUUUAAAUCUAUUGGAAUUCACGGUUAUAGUAAUAUCUGUAUAUCUCACUGACAUUAUUUGUAUUGGCACUUAUAGAAUUUAUGAAGUAUUCAGUUGUAAAAUUCCAAUAUCAUAUUCAGAACAAUGGCAACUAGUUAACAUUGCAAAGCUUGGUGCACUUCUAGAGGAACUCCUUAUUGAACAACAAAAUAUUAAGGAAGAAAUGUCAAAAGAAAGUAUUCUAAAUGAUAGUAAUACUGAUUGUGUAUAUAAUUGGAUAAAAAUACCAAACAAUACUCCUAAAAGUAAAACAAUUAAUAAAUGA